AUGAGCUCAUUUUCUGAAAACAUUCCAUUUUUACAAUCAAAUGAAACUCGAAUUGUCUUCAAUAUUCCACUACUUUCGGAUUAUCGAAGAAUUGAACAUCCAAUUACAAAAUUAUUAUUAUCGAUUGAAUUAAUAAUGGCACCAUGUUCAAUUAUAUUUUUCACAUGGUUUGUUUAUUGUUUGAUUGGAUUUGCAACAAUUCAUAGAAAUUUGAAAGUUAUUUUAUUAUUUCAAACUCUUCAUUUUUGGGCUGGAAAUAUUGCGAGAAUAUACUUCAUUCUCAUUCAAUUUUCAUUUAUCGAUAUUCAGCCGAAUUUUCUAUUGUUCAUCUGUAGUUUUUCCCGUUUUCAACACUAUUCCAUUGGUGCUUGUACAUCAAUUGUUUUGGGAUUAGAAAGAGUUUUUGCAACGAUAUUUGUGACAAAAUAUGAGCAACAAAAGAAUUUAUGGGUUUCUUCUGUUUGUAUUUUUUAUUUGAUAAUUCACUCACAAAUUCUUGCAAUUCCAAUGAUAUUUUCAAAUAUUUCCAGAAUAUUUUUCAUUGUUUUUACUGGAUUCACAACCAUUUCUGCAUUGGCUAUUUUCUUUGUUUUGCACAGAGUUAAUCAAAAGAAUCUUCAAAAAUUGAAUAGAAUUUUGAAAAAUUCGCAGAGCGACCCAAAUGUUGUUUAUUCUUUGAGCAGAAAAUUUCAACUUGAAGAAAAUAUUCGAGUUUUAGAUGUUUGUUUAUAAAUGAAAAAUGUUUCGAAGAUAUUCAUUAUUAUUUUCCAGCUCUACCGUAACGUUGGAGUAGCUCUAAACACAUUGAACAUCUCUUUCAUAAUUUUAUCAAAUAUUGCAUUUUUACUUUUCCAACCAAAAAAUAGCUCAAAACGACCAGUCAACGCACUUUUGAGUCUUCUUUUUACAUCGUAAAUUUAAAAAAAAAAUCUAGCUGAAAUUAUGAGUACUAUUUUUCAGAAUUGGUGUGAUUUUACCAAUUGGCGGAAUUAUAUUUUUUCGAGGAUCAUCAAUUUUCUGCCGUCGAAAACAAAAUGAGCAAGAAGAAAACUAUCGAAUUCAAUAUUAUUCUGGAAGUUCGUAUUUUGCACAACUUCAAAAUUCAUGGGAAGUUCGGAACUGA